AUGUCAGAUAUAAGACUUCCUCAGCACGUCAAGCCUACUUAUUAUGCUAUUUCUUUAGAAUAGUACUCUUUAACUAGUUUUAUGAGAGAACAAUACUAUACUGGAACAGAAACAGUCACCAUUCUUAUAGAAACGCCAUCAAAAAUAAUUUACAUGCAUUCAGACAGCCCUUUAGUUAUUACAGAUAUUGCUAUAGUCUAUCCAAUGAAGUCUGGUUUAUCGUAUUUCCCAACAAAUAAUGAUAAAAUGUGCAUUGAACUCCCUACAGAGAUUGAAGGUGAAAUUAAAAUUAAAAUUGAUUUUGAAGUCAAGAUGGAUUUUAUGGUAAAAGGAAGCUACGUAUGCUCAAGCACAAAUAGAACUCUUAUGGCUACUACUCAUUUCGAGCCUAUUUAUGCCAGAAAAGCUUUUCCAUGCUUUGAUGAGCCAAUAAUGAAAGCCAGAUUUCAAUUAAACGUCACAGCAGAUGAUGAUUUUUUUGUAAUUUCUAAUAUGAACUAUACAGAAAAAAAGACUUUAGGCAGCAAAACAGCUUAUAAAUUCGAAGAAACACCAUUGAUGCCUUGCUACCUCUUGCACUGGACUGUAUGCAAGCACAACCAAAUAUCUAUUGUUGCUGACUGUGGGGUAAAAAUUAGUUUAUAUGCUGAAAACACUGAUUUUUCGCACGAUUUUCUUGAGCUUGCCAAAUCUUCCCUUGAUUUUUACAAUAAUUAUUUUGGGAUUCCAUACCCGCUUCAGAAACUUGACCUUAUUUCAGUUUUCAGUAAUUUUUAAUAUAGAAUUAAAAUCUCGAGCUAUGGAAAACUGGGGAUCUAUAACAUUUGCAGAUUAUUGUAUAGAAAGACUCCCAAAUGAAGACCUUCAGCUUUUCCCAAGAAACUGCCGUACUCUUUGUCAUGAAAUAUCCCACAUGUGAUUUGGAAACUUAGUUACUAUGGAAUGAUGGACCCAUUUGUGGCUAAAUGAAGGGUUUGCGAGGUUUAUUGAAUAUAAAUGUCUUAAUAUUUUGAAGCCAAGAUUUAAAAUUUGGCUGAAAUUCCUUAUAGAUGUAUGGAAUUUUGCUAUGGUUUAUGACGUACAGAAAAAUACCCACUCAAUUGAAGUGGAGUGCGAUGAUCCGAAUAGAAUUGAAGAAAUCUUUGAUGCAAUUAGCUAUGCAAAAGGAGCUUCUGUACUAAGGAUGCUAGAAGAUUUUAUAGGAGAAGAACAAUUUUUAAAUGGGAUUAGGAAGUAUUUAAAUGUGUAUAAAUGGAAAAAUACGACAACAGACAUGCUUUGGGAAGUUUUAGCUGAAUUUUCUUUUCCAGAACUCGGAGAAAUAAUGCAAUGCUGGACGAGACAAGCAGGGUUUCCUCUGAUUACAGUAAAAAAAAUUGAUGAUUUAGAGUAUAAAUUAACUCAAUAUUCUUCUUUAGCUCAAAACAGUCCUCUUUUGUGGCAUGUUCCUAUUAAGUUUAUUGCAGACGACCUGAGUGUUCACUAUGUGCUAUUCAAAGAUAAGUCUGCAAAUAUUAAAUUAGAAAAGCCAAGUAAAUGGAUAAAGCUAAAUUUCAAAACCAUGGGUUUCUAUCGGUCAAUUUACUCUGACGAUGUAUUUUAUGAAAUAAUAAAAUCAAUAAAACUUUUAAGUGCUGAAGAUAGAUAUGGGCUUUUAGAUGAUUGCAUUCAGUUUUAUAUGUCAACUAAAUCUAGAUUUGCUUGCUUAGCAGAUUUAAUUGUUUCUAUGAUUCCAGAAUAUGAAUAUAUUAUUGUCAAAUAUACCAGUGAAGUAACUACACUUUUAUGGGAGAAUGAAUAUUUAAAGCAAAUCUCACAUAAAUUGUCUGAAUUUUUUACUCGGAUAUAUAGGCCGUUUUGGGAUGAAUAUAAAUUAGAUAAGGUAGAUGAUUAUUAUGAUUUUGGAUCAGCGAGGCUUAUUUGCUAUAAAAAUUUAGUUGAAAAAUGCAAAGACAGAGAAGUUGCGUGGAAUUUAAUAGAAGCAAAAGAUAAUGGAAGCUUAAGUACUGAGCUAGAGCCAUGCUAUUUUUAUAGUAAACUCUUAUGUGCUUCUAAUGAAGAGCUUUAUAAUUUAUCUUUAGAGAACAUAAAUUUUGCGUGUUUUAUAAUGAAAAAUAGUGAAGAUUCAGAACUAAUCAAAUACGUAUUGCAUUUUUAUAGGCUUUUUGAUACUCCAGAAGCUUUGAAGAUUAAAGAAAUCCUUUAUGAUAGCAAAGAGUCAUUAAACUCAACAUUUUUAUUGUCAGCGAUGAUAAAAGAAAUUCAGAUAGCUCAGGAAACAUUUUAUAUCAACACUCUUGCAAGUUCAAUUAAACAUUUUAUAACAAAUUAUUGGCGCUUUGAUGGAAUUUUCAUUAAACAAGAACUUGAAGAUGCCUCUGACGAUUUAUGUGAAACAAAGCCAGUCAUUUCAAACUUUCUUUAUUCCAUGGCUGAAUCUGUCGAGAUAACAGCAAAAUUUUCUUCAAAUGCAGCAUAUAAUGAAAUUCUUCUAUAUUUCGCUAACUAA